CUCUUCCUACCAAAGGAUGGACUCAUGGAGUGCCUUAAAGCAGUGGGGGCUGCACCGGGGCCCUUGUCUUUAUCACAGAUAAUGGACCACUUGAAACAGUAUAUCAUUGAGCGGCAGCUCGUUGAUGCCAAGUUGCCAAGCGCAGUCAUCUGUGGCCAGGACCCACUGGGCAAGGUGCUUGGUGUGGAACGUUUUCUAGUCAGCGAAGUCAUGGACGACGGGAAAAAUGGGAAAAAUGACGUUUUGAAAAAUAAUUCAGCAGACGACCCUGCUCUACUACCUGUCGUCUGCAUCUUCUUCAGUGCAAACAUCAUCUUCUGUGCUGCCUUAGAUGCUAAUUUCUGUCAAAUUAACUUUUUUUUAAAAGAAAGAAGAACUGCCUAUUGAAUUUGGCUCGUUGAAAGAAUUUGUGGUGCUUUUGAAUUAAGCGAGGGAUGGAGAAGAAAGAAUAUGUUGACUUCUGUGGAUUGAUGGAUUGAAGCCGUCGUCUGCUGUGUCUGCAACGCCUGCUGACGGCAUUUAAGAGGGGACGCACAUCAUUUUGGAAGGAUGGUGGGACGACGGGAGUGUGUGAACUUCGGGAGGACUUACGAAGAGAAGGAAACGAAAGAUGUCACGUUCUUUCCAUGUUUUUUCUUCUUCUUCUUUAGCGGUCUUCUAGUCAAACAAAUGUAUGCUGUACGACCGCAGCAUGUAGUAACACAAGGAACGUUAAAGCGGGAACUUGAGUCCGGCGCCAACGGCACCAGCGACGCGCAGGCCUGCAAACGUGCGUGCGUGGAAGCGGAUUCCACGAGUGGCGCAAGUGCUCAGGGCGUGUCGUCCCCCGUGCGCCUUCACAUACCACCGUCUCCGGGCUAUGACAGUGGCCCAGAGACGGAGUACAGCUAUCAGGGUCACGAGACUGAGUUUGUCAAAGACACGAGUGACGACCUCUGGUUCCUCGAGGAAUCCUCGUCGGACAGCGUCUCGUCUGACGGCGAGGCCACCCACCGCCGGCUCUUGCGGGUGGCAACCUUGGCAGCCGAGAUACUGCAGUGUGAGGAGGAAGGACGCAACAGCGACGACUGCCCGUUUGAGGUCGAGUACGAGAUAGAGGAGGAGUCGGACCACGGUGAGGCCAGAAAGGCAGGCAGCAUCUCUUCCGACAGUGACAUUGAGGAGGUGGCCCAGGCAGAGAUCCUCAUUUGUGUCAACGACGACGACGCACAGUUCUGGGCUGACUCGUCGGACAGCUACUCCUCUGACUCCGAAAUCGGGGAUGCGGACCUGUGGCAGUGCAGACUGUGCGGCAUGGAGUGCGAGCCCCACGGCAUGUCGGCCGUGCAACGGUACUGCACCGCCUGCUGGAAGGAGCGGUUUGGGUGGUUGCCAGACCGAGAGGAGCGACACCCGCCACUGAAGAAGCGUCGCAGGGUGCAGCGCCGCAACAGCAAGGGAGCAAGGAACCGCCGGGCAUCAGUCGUAGCGGGCAUCAGUGGCGUCAACUCCUCGGACCGGCCACAGCUGAACAGUGCCGGCGAAGAAAGUCGGCCAGGGUCGUCUGGCGACAGUGCAAAGUCUUUCUCGGAAGCGUGUGGCAGCAGUUCGAACACCGAUGGUUCUCAAGAGAGCCUCAGUGGCGGGAGCGGGUUGGAGAGGUUGUCGCCCACUGAUGACUGCGAAGACGGAAGCAGCUUUGGCGCGUCGACAACCUGUGAAAGCCAGGAGCAGCCCGACGACUGGUCGCAGCCCGGUUGUAGCUCGGAUAAGCGGGACAGUGACGUGGUGGCACUUCGCAACGCAGCCACGGCCGACCUGUGCAGCAUCUGCAUGGCACGCCCCAAGUGCGGCAUUCUGGUGCACGGCCGGACUAGUCACCGUCUCACCUGCUACAAGUGCGCGUUGCAGCUGCAGAAGCGUAACCAGCCCUGCCCUGUGUGCCGACGCCGGAUCCAACGCGUCGUUCGCAACUUCGACGCCUGAUCGAGCAUCGGCCUUCGGUCGAGUGCAUACGCACCCAUUGGCCUCCUUAUGAAGAAGCAGAAAAAUAUACAGUUGGUUGAUGUGUAUCAUCUAAAGUGAAUUAAGUGCACCACAGACAAAGGAAGACAAGAGGAAGACAAAAGGGCAAAGCAAUAAUCUCGCCACUGAAAUAUUUAUUCAAAGAGGAAGCAUAUACAUACAGAAAAUAGGCUGACGUGUGCGUGUCGGGACAAUAGUUCUUGCAAGCAAUGGCAAGUCACAAAAAAUGGGGUCUAACUAUCAUAAACUAUGAAGAAAAAUGUAUUCCUUGUCAUGUCGCGAAGCCGAAGAGUGGCCAACACAACGAUCUCCUCUUUUUUUGUCUGUGUGUGGGCCUCCGCCAUUUCUCGGGUUGUCUUCGCCUACAGAUGAUUGAAUAGGCAAUGGGGCUUGUUAGUAUGCAUAGUGUGAAAUGUAGAAGUCUUUCAGUUGGAAGUGAAGUGCUUUGUCCUGUUGUCUUCCUUUCGUGUAAGCCUGUGGUGCGCUUAACCAAUUUUACACUGAUGCUUCUUGUGAAGUCUUCCAGUUGUGCGCAGUGCACUGCAGCAUUUGGCGAGCUGUGCGCAACUUCAACGCUGUGACCAGACACGCCUUCUGUGGUAAUUUAGCAAUGGCACGGGACUGUCUGUCGUGCAUUCUUACUGUUUCUCUCAACACUCCACAUACUGCGAGUUGCAUCUGUGAAGUUGAAUUUUUUAUUUGUGUGUGUAACGUGUUUGUGAAAAGAGCAACCCGUCUUGUACUUGGUGUUUGUCAAGAACCACAUCCUUUUGUGUCAUUAUUAAUAUCUUGGAGCUGGUCCCACCAUGUACUAGUGCAGUUGAAUCCCACCAGCAUGAAAUGUAUAGAAUACUCAAGCAACUUAUUACAGAAAUUCUCUUAGUGUUGAAGUCUUUAGUGGGCGUAUAACGUGUCACAAGUCUUUAGCUUAAGAAAUUGUUGUUUUGCACUGUCCAUGGUUUUGGACAAGCUGGGGUUAUGACACGAGGCUCAAGUCUUUGUGCCACGUGGUAACUUUGUAUGACGCUAAUGAUGUCUGCUACCUGUUUCUGUAUUCAUCUUGUUAGGUACGCCCUCGAUUAAUUUUUAUUUGUUUUUACGCAAAUUCAUUUACGAAACGAAAGAGCACGCUUGUACACCUCAUCUGCAGCAGAACACUGUAGCACAGUGCAAUUAUUUUUUAUUUUACCGCAUUAUAUAAUUCCUUUCGAAGCCCAGUAUCACUGUAUGCAAAUCAUUAACCAAGUUGUCGUCACAAAAUACAAGCGACAUGCACUGCUGUUAAACGUUCACUGGAGCAGAACAGUUGGGGUUACUGCAUAAAAGCUUAUCAGCCAAUCUGUAAAUGCCAUCAUGAACUGAGUUUCGAUGGUGUUGAUUCUGUGAAAAAAAAUCUGUCCACUGCAUUUGAUGGAACUGAUGAAACUGAUUUUUCUGAAGCGGAAAUCACAAUAAAGCGACACGCACGGCUUUGGGAUUCAACUGCACUAACGGCAACACCAGCUUCAGCUCUUCUGUCUGAUAUGAGUGCAUUCUGAAGUAAGCAGAUUGUUUAAUACAUAACCAUAAGUAAUAUAUACCUGUAAAUAAAUAAAAAAAAACACGUAGCCGACUUUUGACAACUUGUCAUUUGCUUUUGAAUGCUUGUGUGAUGUAUAUGAACGCACAGCAUGACACGAUCGAGCUGUCGUACGUCAUGUCAAAGGCAUUAGUAUUUGGUGCUUGGCCAACAAGCGCAGCAGAAGCCAAUAUUCAAUGUCUGUGCUAUGCGGGAGCAGCAACUUCUCUUGUUCUAUUGCGUGUUGAGGCUUGUAGUUAAACACAUCACCUCAUUUCCACCAUCUUGCAUGACAUUGGCCUAGUUUUCACUUGCACACUUAAUUUUGGUACUAAAUACUGUCACAAAUGACACUGUUGAGUUAGUGCUCGUGAGAAGAUUUUGGCCGUAUGCUUUUUCUCAUUGGUUUCAUUUGCCCACCAUCGCUGUUAUCUGCAGUUAAUAAUGUAACCUUAGCAAAGUUGCAUGCUUUGGUGGAUAAAGGUAGCAUCUGCGUUUGGGGAAUGAGCUAGUUCUUUUUUGUCAUGUCUUGAGGUGACACUAGCUAAAUUACCUUUUACAGCGGUAACUUAAAGGGUCAAGGCACUUUUAAGUGAAGUGCUUUUGCAACACAUAGUUUCACUUGCAGUUAUUUGCAAAUUGCUGCUGUCAAACAUUGUUUUCAAUAUGUCACCUUCUGUUUUGUUGGAACAUAACUGAAGACCUCAAAACAAGCAUGAUUGCCAUGCAGUGAAAAAGUAUGCUUUUCUCGAUGUAAAUGUAGCACCAGAGCCUCGCACAUCCAAGUACGCUUUUCGAUUCACAUGUGUUCCUUUCUGGGAACUAGAACUUGCGUUGUACAUAUCUGUCUAAUAUAGUAGCACAGGUGUCGAAGCUUCUGAUUCAAGCACAUUUCAGCAUGUAGCUUGAAACCUUCUUCUGUACAUAUGUUCCUUGUCUUUUAACGAAUAGACGAAGAGACACGUUGAGGAUUGCGACUCCUGCGGAUAUCUUUAGCUAGUAGUAACGGUCAAGAUCUUUACUUGUACAUAUAUGGCACCGGAACAGCUUGUUUUGCUGCAUGCAAGUUAAAUUGCAAACUUGAAUCACUUUUCAGUGAUGGAAGCAGUAACACAUCACAACUCUUGGUGUACCAUCUCGUUGGGACAUCAAUUGAGAAACUAAUUUCUUUAAAUGAAUUUGCUGCCAUAAAAAAAGCGUUUAUUGAGGCAUUUUGUGGGUAGAGCCCUUUUUUUUGUUUCCAGGGUAAAUGAAGUUGUUUUCUGUAGGAAGACCUGCAUUUUGCAAUCUUUUAGUUACAUAUUUUCAAUAGUUGCUUGUGAAACAUAUUGAUUUUUGAUUGCAAGGAGGUUUUUUUUUUUUCUUUUUCAUAAUAUAAGAAUUGCCAAGAAAAGAUGUGCUUUGAGACUCAAACAACUGCCUAAAGGUGUUAGUCCUAGGGUCAUCUUCAACUUCAUUUUCACUUUUAAAGCGAUCACUUCAGGGUAAGGUUUGCUACACAAGUGCCUUCUGUAGUGCUCCUCCAUCUCCUGUAUGAUGUUAAAUGUUUCAUUUGUGCAAUAACACACCCUAAUUGUUUAUGUCAUUGAGAAACAUUAUUUCUUUUUGUAUUCAAGAAAGAGUCCCCGAGCGGGCCGUAGAAAACUUGCCAGCAUUUUUUUUUUGGCAUGUUGCGCUGCGUAAUUUUGUGUGGUUUGCCUGCUUGCUGUAUUUGAAAAGUUCAUCAAGUAUUAAUGUUUGAGGUGAGUUAGUUGCAAUAGAUUUUUUUUCUAGAAAGUGUUGCGUGUGUACGUGUUAGGCUUAACAAAUUCUGCUCAAAGUUAGCAGUGGUAAGAAUGGGAGGCUACCAACUUAAUAUAUUCUAAGUGGCACAAGCUCUUAGAUGUCCUGCCACACGCACCGUCAAGCUUUACAUGUUGUAUGCUUUAGGCAUCAUGUUGAAAGACUGGGCGUGCAAACACGGACACGAAAGACAUCAGGACAACACACGACGUUUCUUUUCACAUAUUUUCACAUGAAUAACCGUUAUAAACAAUGUUACAUUGCAUUCGUUAAGCUUUCUUAUCUGUGUCGAGCUCAUUUUGUCAUGGCGUCAAUAAUAAAGGUUACGGACAGGGCAUUUAUUAGCAAGUUUUAGUGCUGCAUGCUUUGUAUACUCAACAACGCCGUGUUUUGCAUUCUGCGCAUGAGAAAAGUUUCACGCGCACACUCAGUACAAAACCCUGUAUUCUUGCAUAUGUGAUGCCUCUGUGGGUGCCACGUACGCUGUACUAAAACUUGCUAUUGACGCAGGCACUUGGUACGCUGUAUCAAAGUAAGGCUAUUCGUGUGAUGGCAGCCACAGAGUGUCCAAUAUUUUGUGCGACGAAAAUAUGCAGCAAUUGAAACAGCGUGAACAAAAAGUGUUGCUUACAUUACAGAGCAUUGUCAACUGUUCCUCAAACGCCUCUGCAAAUCGAUCUCAUACUAACGAUUUUGGCAUCCUAAGCAUGCUUUUGUCGGGGCCUAUUUUUUCCUUCUUACGGCGUUUCACGCUCACCUUGUAAAUGUUCACUUGCUUUGCCAUUGUGCAUCAUUACUAGUUGCUACGAGUUGCACUAGGUGCUCGGAAGCCUUCGACUUGAUUCACCGCACCAUUUUUGAAGUGUUUAAAAUCUCAUUGGUCUGCAAAGUUUGUACGGACCAAACGUCUGAACCUAGUGGUGCUUUGUGGCACGAUUUACGUGCAGUGAAAAACAGCUUGUUCAUCUUUGAAACUGUACAGUGUUCGCUUCACGGCAGCCACAGUGACCAGUAUGUGCAGUAUGCUGAUGACCAGGGUUGUGAGAAUGGGUGCACGCAACUAUUCGUGUCCACUCACUUCGUGACUCGAGCAGGAAUGUGCGUAGCAUCUUGUGUAGCAUAGCUGGAUACCUUAGACACUUUUGAAUGACUGAUGUACAUGUACGUUUUCUUUCGUCUUUUUUGUACAGUGUACAAAGUACUGCACGCAAUACAGGAACUGAUUAAUUUUGUACAGUGCAUUUGAUGAUAAGCUCUCUCUGUUCCCAGCAGCUGGAUACUUUAAAUGCCUUUGAACUCCAGAUUGUGUAGAUGUCUUGUACAGCACGAGAAAUGCUACAGCCUACAGCUGUUUGUCUUGCUUUCUUUGCAACUUUGUCACCGUAGUAUAUGCCAGAGAAACAGAAAUGAAAAAUGCAUCCUUGGCACAGUUUGAGGAAUGCAUUUGUGUGCAUGAGAUGUGUGCCAAUGUGUGACCUAUUGCGCCUUGGUUGAGGAACAGGGCUCUUGACACAGCUGUGUAAGUUUCGGUUAUGUAGCACGAGCUGCAUUGUGGUGCAUCCGUAAUUUAUCUGCACGAGAGAUUAUUUUUCUGCACCACAACAGCUGCUUCACUGCUGUAAUUUGCACAAUCACCAGUGCCUGAGGUUCUGAAUGAAUGCCUGUACUGUAAUAUCUUGCGCAAAAAGUUCUGUUGUAAAGCUCUAGUUAUAGUAAUUUAUUUCAUCAAUACGUCUUGUAUCUAACGAGUUUUUCUUUUGAGGUGCGAGUUUGGCGGUUGAUUUUACUACUGUUAUAGACCAUUCUGUUUGUUUCUGUUUGUUUUAUUUUUUGCGAUUCCUGCGUCUGUGUCCUAGGUUACAUCUGAGGAAUGUGACUUCAACACCAAAGUUUUGGGGUGUGUUUUUGUAGAACUGUGUCGUCAGUUUGUUUGGCAUAUUAUUGCUUAUGUUAAUCGGGGAUCGGUGUCUGUCUUUGCUUUCCUGCUGUUGGCAUGUACACAUUUUAUGUGGUUGUGGAUGUUUAAUUCUUCGUGCUGGGGCUGUGUCGGCGAGAUUUGCAAGAAUUCUGUUGGUUAAAAAGCAUUUGUGUUAUGUAAAAUGUAUGUUUUUUCAUUUUUUAUAUAUAUAUCACAGUUUUUUGUGUUUGUGUAUCAUUCAUAGUUUGGGAUUUGUUGGCUGUGAGGUUUCUGGGCCAAAUUGCUGUGCACUCGUCAAUGAUUAGUUAUUGCUUUUGUCUGUGGUUUGUGCUGUCGAACACUAGUUCGAAGGGUGAGGGCCACAGUGACAUCACUUCAUUAGCUCUGGCUUUCAAAUGCUUAGUGUUUCUGUAUUGUGUGUCUGCUUCAUGUUUUUCCAUUCUUUAGCGUAUUUAGUAAAGCUUGUCUCUUUGGGUCUGAUACGCUGCUUCGGCGCCAUGGUCCCAUGCUAUGAUAUCAUGCAUCAAUGUGGGCAUGGCAGUAUUUAUUAAACCACAUUGCUUCAGCUCACGUCGGCCAGUCAUAUGUGAUGUGGUGCUCAUUUAUCGCAACAGAAAAGUUUGACUGGUUCCUCCCGUUUGUCCUUAACUCUAAAUGCACAGUCUUUUGCAUUGCUGCGCUUGACUUGCCUGCAUUGUCUGACAGGCCUAGAGUUUGUUCAGAAGGCCCAUAACUCGUAUUCUAUUCACGGAACAGUCGUUUGCAGCACAAGCUAACUGCCCCUGCGAAUUCAUCAGCUUGUAUUCUACUGAUUGCGAAGACUUCUGCUGUUCACAUGUGUACACGGUUUACACCUUGUCACAACUGUUCCUUGUAGUGCCUUAAAAUGUGCGCUCGAAAGCUUUGUAACAUUAUUGCGGUGACUGGCACUGGCUGGGGACUAGGUGCAUGAGCACAGUCACAAUAAUAAUUAUUGGGGUUUCACAUCCCAAAACGAAGCUAUGACUAUGAGACGCCUUUGUGGAAGGCUUCAGAAAUUUCGACCACCUGGGGUUCUAUAACGUACACCUCAGUCUAAGCACACGGCCUCUAGCAUUUUGCCUCCAUCAAAAUGCAGCCGGGAUUAGAACCCACGACCUUCGGGUCGGCACUCAAGCGCCAUAUCCACUAGACCACUGCGGCGGGUAGGCAUGUACAUGUCUGCAUACAUAAGCAGUGACAGUACUUCACGCAAUCUGCAUAUUUUUACAGGUACAACAGCGUUCUGAUGUGCGUUUUUUUAAUGGUAGCUGUGCAAAAUGUGGCUGUUCUGUAUUGCUGCUGUGUAACAAUACUUUGUCCCAUUGCCAUGGCGUCGAGGAAGCAGUGUAUUUUUGUGGCUAACAAAGCGACAGGCUUUUACUGUGGCCUUUAUUGGUGGGUACCAAUGGCUUGUUUCUGUUUUUGCUAAUCUCUGUGUUUGUUUGUCAAGGGGAUGUGUUAAGUGUAUUGUAUUUCUAUGUCUGUGAGGGCUGUUUGCAUGCCUCUUUAACCUUUUCUAGUUAUUCUCUAGUUCAAAAGAGUCCACUGAGCUGUGCCAGACAAGCAGCUUUAUUUAAGCACUUGUGACAAUACUGCCGCUGAUGGUAUCUUUAUAGGUUGUUAGUAUAUUUCUAUUUUAAAACUCCACAAUUGGCUGGGCUGUUCUCUGCACUAAGUAGGAAUGGGCACAUCACAAGGGAGUUUAUUGUUGAUUUUUUUGGUUUUUUCUAUUAAAAUUUUUGUUUUCCAUUUGCUCCUGCUAGGAGUUCGUCAGAAAAGUAUAUUUUUGUUGUUUUACGUUUAUGUUCGCCAGAAUAGUGUCCUGGUAGGUUUCUAAAAGAAAAGUAUAGCUUUUUUAUUUACAGUGUUUUCAUUUGAGCUAAUGUUGCUUUUGUAGUGUAUGAUUGUGCAUCUGUACAUAGUUUAUGUUCGUUUCAUUUGGCUGAAUGAAAAGGAAGAAAAAAAGCAGCUAGAGGUGGCCGGAUGUGCAGGUGCUUAAAUAAGACUGCUUGUUGUGGACAAAGCGUGCGCCUCUGUUUUUUUUUUCCACUUCAUUGCUUCUGAACCUAAAUGAUUAUCACAGGUGGGAUUCGGUGCGGCAUUAUCUAAAAUUGAUGCAUUCACUUGACAAACCAUGGCAACCAUGCCGUUAGCGUGACCUAGCUGCAUACCAGGCAUGUUUGCUUUGUGUGACGGCACAAUAUAUGACAGUCACAGUGCAGGGAUUGCCGAUCGUGAUGUGGAUGCAUCAAUGCUGGAUGCCAUUGCACCUAACAUUAUUUUUAAAUGCUGUCCUUCUGGCUACUUACUGCUUUACAGCUUGCUACUAGCUGCAGUCGUAGCGAGAGUAAUGCAGAAGGCUUGAAUGAGGAGUAAGUGACUGAAAUGUCUGUGAUACUAGUAUCUUGGACUCUAAUAACAGCAAGUGUCUCUGUGGUUCGUUCGGACGGCGGGCUGCAGAGUGCUGGCGUCGGACUCGUCUUGGCACGUUUCACUUUCGUAACUCCUCGCUCCCUCUCCCCAUUUCAUAUCCUCGUUCCCAGGUGCCGAGGACGGUGCCUCUGGCACUACAACCUCCCCACCCUCCCCAAGCUCAUUUCUUUUUAAACCUAAUAUUUGUGAAAAUGUGUGUGCUGUUCGCAAGAGAAUAAAGGAAGAAUGUCGAACA